UUCAGGAUGAUAGGACACCACACGAUUUAGAUUGAUUGCUCCUGAUGUUAUGAAGACUCAACUCUGUAAAGAUGAAAUUAAAGAAGAAGUAAACUCUGACAAUGUUGUGGAAACAAAAGAGACCAACAAUAAAACACCAGACAAAGAGAUUGAUACAAAAAUCAAAGAAGAAAUAACUGACCCAACAGACGAUAAUAAAUCCAUAGAGGCUGCAUCAGACAAGGAUCAUGGCGAAUAUAAAAGAAUUUCUGCACAUCCAGAUUUUAUUUGUGUUGCACAAUUUAUUGGAACUUUCGGUAGCUUACUGGGGAUCCCCCAAUUUUUCAUUGAUACGAUUGAAGAUGGGCUGAAUUCUUCAACAAGCAAGAUUGAUGAUGAUUCUUAUCUUGAUGCUUGUGGUAAUGCCGUCGAACAGCUCCUCAUCAGUUUGCUACGAAGAUGUGGUGUCCUAACAAACAUUCCAAAACUCAGCUCCACUCUGCAAAGUUAUUUUAAGGAUAGAGACUCUAAAAUAUACUCCUCCCUUGGUGAAAGUCUAUUCAAUAACCUGCCAAGAACAGUAAAACUAGAGAUACUGAAGUUUGUUUGUCUCAGUCAGUUUGAUGAAAACUCAAGAUUCAAAACCGAACUCAACUCCCAGUUCUCACCUGACAAUCUGAGAUUUCUUCCUUUGGGUCGAGAUUUUGAGAGUUCACAAUAUUGGUUCAUAUCGGACACAGAGAAAAGCCACAGAUUGUACAGGUGGAAAUAUCCCUACAGUCCCGACCAAUGGUCCCUGUUCUCUGCGUCUUACUCACAGUUGCAGCGUGUUGUGGAGAGGUUGAGGCCCCCUGAUAGCGAGCAUCAGCUCAGACAGGGCAAACUUUGGGAGAUUGUUAACGAACAGAAAGCGUAUCUUCCUCUGGACAAACCUGUGAAGAAAGCUAAGAAGAGGAAGAAGAAAGAACAAGUAGAUGAGACGGAUGAGCUAGCUAACGAGGAUGAUCUAGAAGUAGCACACAGGAUCCGAAUAUACGAACUAGGGAUGAGGAAGAGUGCUAGGAAUGUGAACAGGAAGGUUUACACAGAGCCUAACGAGGAUAACGAGACCAGUGAGGAGGAAGAGAACCAGCAACAUAAAGAACACGAUGAGAAGUAAAAAAAGGCUGUGGCAAUUGCUCGCUCUCGUAAAAGAACAAGAAACCAUCUUCGUAUUUCCGAUGGAAAUAAAGUGAAUACACCAACAAAUCGAGUACCACUACAAGAAAAACCAAAACCAGAGCCAAAACUAGAGCCUGACGCCAAAAUUCAAAAUUACCCGUGUCGCAAACUAAAACAGCACGAAAAAGAGGCACUUGCGGACUCCUUCAUCAACAUUACUCAUUCGCCUACAAACAAAAAGGCGCCUCGUAACAACAAGGACCCAUUUGCGUUCUCCGACCUAGACAACAGUUCUAAACAGUCAGAGGAUUCGUCAGGUUCACUUUGUGUUGCAGACAGAAAACCUGUCGUAAAGAACGGACAGGUGGAUAAUA